AGUAAUGGAUUGUCCCCUGUGUAGUCCUCAAUCACCACCAAAAGUACCCCAUUGGAAUUCUUUGGACCUAUGGGUCAAUCGUGUUUAUACUGAUGAAUCCAAUCAUUUGGAGUGCACAGCCUCAAUUAAAAUGGCAAGUUAUUAUCCAAUGCCUGGUCAGCAGUUUCCCAUUGUGAAUCCGCCGGUUCCAUAUGUGGGAAACAUUCAAGGACAAAUGUUUCCUAACAAAAUGAUUUUCAUCCAGGGCAGUGUACCAAUUGGAGCAGAUAGGUUCCAUAUCAACUUGCAGUGUGGUACAAGCACAAAUCCGAGAGCAGACAUUGCCUUGCACUUUAACCCCAGAUUCCAGGCACUGAAAGUUGUCCGCAAUACUCUGACUCGUCAAAGCUGGGGUAAAGAGGAGACCCAGGGAAGCUAUUUCCCAUUUGCUCAUGGCCAACACUUCCAAAUUAUUAUUUUGUGUGAGCCACACCAGUUUAAGGUGGCAGUAAAUGGGCAGCACUUCAUCGAAUACAAGCACAGGAUUCAGCAGCUGAAUCGUAUCGAUACCCUUGCCAUUGAUGGAAAAGUACAGAUUUACUCAAUUCGAUUUAGCGGAGGGGAACCACAGGCACAUGCCCAUGCAAUGGGACCAAUCUUUAACCCACCAGUGCCAUAUACUGGCGGUAUCCAAGGUGGAAUGGUACCUGGUCGACUUGUAUUCGUUUCCGGCAUUGUGAAACCAGGAGCUGAUAGAUUCCACAUCAACUUGCAGUGUGGUCCUGAAGGAGCAGGUCCUCGGCCGAACAUUGCUCUUCAUUUCAAUCCCCGGUUCAAAGCACGGACGAUCGUGACCAAUGCUCUGACAAACCAGAAAUGGGGUGGAGAGGAGAAGCAUGCUCAAUUCUUUCCAUUUGUUGAUAAUGGAUUCUUUGAGGUAAUUAUCUUAUGCCAAAUGGAUGCAUACCGCGUCGCUGUCAACGGUCAACAUUUGUUGGAGUUCAAACAUCGAUUUCCAUACCAGACGGUCAACACCUUGAUGGUUGCUGGGGCUGUCACCAUCACUCAGAUUCGUUUCCAAUAAAUUCAGUUGCAUUUUAUUAGUUGUUGCGAUUUUAGCAAUUAUUAAGAAUACAUGUUUUUAGGAAGUAUGCGCUUUAGCAAAUCCUAAUUUUUUGUUUGCAAUUUUCUAGAUUUUAAAUUUCAUUGUUUAAAAAUUCAAAAUAUUAAAUGUCAUGUAAUAAAAUAUAUCGCACUCAGUGUGAAUUUUAACUGUAUGUGAACAAAUUGUGUUGGUGAUAGCAAGAAACAUUUUAUGAAGUAUUUUUUAUCAAAUUUUUAUUUGAUUUUAAAAAAUAUGAAGUAUUUUAUUCAGAUUAAACAUUUUUUAUUGCAAUUUACUAGUUAUAAGAGGCUCAUAUAAGCACUCCUUUCCUACUAACUUUUCAAUAGAUGUUGGUGAUGUUAGUCAACUUUGUUUUUCAGUUUAUUUAGAUUCAGCCUCAUCAUUGAGUGAAUUGAGUUGCUGACACCAACAUAGAUUCAAUAAAUAAUAAACACUGGUAUGCUCUGAAAGUAUUUUAAACCAAAAUUUAGUAAACAAAAUUAUUUCCUUAAAUCCAUGACAAUGUACACAUUUUUAUCAGAGAAGUGAAUGAAAGUUUGAUACAUUUAUAGUUAAAUAUAAUAUUCAGAAUUCAAUAUCAUUUAAAUAUAUUAAUUCCAAGUCAGUUUUGUAAACUCUGGUUUUCCACAUUCCAAUUACAAAUGAUUGAAUCUUGAGAGUUCCAUUGUACUAAUUUUAUGAAUUUUUAUGUGAUCAAUUAUUUAAAUUUUGUUGAAACUUAAACCUACAAUUAUUUAAGAUGUAAGUUUAUAAUUGGACAUCUUAAAAAUUACAUUAACAGUUAUAUUAAGUUUUUAUCAAAGAUAGAUAGACAUAAAACGACUUCAUGGAUUAGUCAUUUAUAUAUCAGGCUUUAUAUAGACUAGUGAGAGUGUAGUAUAUGAAUAAAAGUAAUAUAGAUCAAAUGUUUUUUGUUCUUUGUUUGAUGUUAUAAAGUCUUACUUUGUUAAAAAAAUAUUUUAAGAAUACACUGCCGCUGGUACGACCUGGAAUUUAAUUAGAACAAUAUACAGUAGAUAGACAUAAAACGACUUCAUGGAUUAGUCAUUUAUAUAUCAGGCUUUAUAUAGACUAGUGAGAGUGUAGUAUAUGAAUAAAAGUAAUAUAGAUCAAA